CUAUUCAAAAUGGCCGUCGGAUACGUAAUCUGCUGUCGUUUAUCAUUUAUCAGCAGUGUAUGUACUGCAUCGCCUAUCAGCUUUUUAGUAUGAAAACGCUGAUAAACGCGAUAAAAUCUAGUUGUAUGAACCAACAGUAUUAAACUUAGUCAUGAGAUAUUUCUGUCCGAUCUUGUGAUUGUAAAAGACCUAUUUUUUAAAAAGUUGGCAGAAAUUAUUUAUUUCUUCUACAAGGAAAGGGUUUUCCUAUUUUUUAUUUCGUGUGUGAAUGUGUGAUAGUGACAAGUGUUGAAAAAUGCGUGAAAUUGUGCACGUACAGGCUGGACAGUGCGGCAACCAAAUUGGUUCAAAGUUCUGGGAGAUCAUAUCAGAUGAACAUGGCGUGGACUCGACCGGGCAAUAUCACGGAGAGAACCCGCAGCAACUGGAGAGGAUCAACGUGUAUUACAAUGAGGCCGGCAGUGGCAAAUUCGUCCCCCGCGCGGUCCUGGUCGACUUGGAGCCCGGCACCAUGGAUUCGGUGAGGUCCGGACCUUACGGACAGCUGUUCAGGCCCGACAACUUCGUUUUCGGACAGAGCGGCGCCGGCAACAACUGGGCUAAAGGACACUAUACAGAAGGCGCGGAGCUGGUGGACUCAGUGAUGGACGUCAUCAGGAAGGAGGCAGAGGGAUGCGACUGUCUGCAAGGGUUUCAGCUGACACACUCCCUGGGCGGCGGCACGGGCUCCGGUAUGGGGACUCUCCUACUCAGCAAGAUCCGCGAAGAGUUCCCUGACCGCAUCAUGAAUACCUUCAGUGUGGUCCCUUCUCCUAAGGUGAGCGAGGUGGUCCUGGAGCCUUACAACGCGACACUAUCCGUACACCAGCUGGUUGAAAACACUGACAUGUCCUUCUGCAUCGACAACGAAGCUCUCUACAACAUCUGCUUCAGAACGCUACGACUGGCCAGCCCUAGCUAUGGAGAUCUUAAUCAUUUAAUUUCUCUAACGAUGUCCGGGGUGACUACAUGUCUGCGGUUCCCGGGACAACUGAACGCGGACCUGCGCAAGUUGGCUGUCAACAUGGUCCCCUUCCCAAGGCUGCACUUCUUCAUGCCAGGAUUCGCGCCUUUGACAGCUAAGAACUCUUUCAAUUACCGCCCGCAGUCAGUGUCAGAGCUCAUGAGCCAGAUGUUCAACCCGGGUAACAUGAUGACGGCGUGCGACCCGCGUCACGGGCGGUAUCUGACCGUGGCCACAAUGUUCAGAGGCAACAUGUCCAUGAGGGAGGUGGACGAACAAGUACUCAGCAUACAGAACAAGAACUCCAGCUACUUCGUGGAAUGGAUCCCUCACAACUUGAAGGUAGCAGUGUGUGACGUGCCGCCCCGCGGGCUCAAGAUGUCGGCCACCUUCAUUGGCAACUCCACCGCCGUGCAGGAGAUCUUCAAACGCAUCUCUGAACAGUUCACCGCUAUGUUCAGAAGACGGGCGUUCCUCCACUGGUACACAGGCGAGGGUAUGGACGAGAUGGAGUUCACGGAGGCUGCCAGCAACAUGGCCGACCUGAUCUCCGAGUACCAGCAGUAUCAGGAGGCCCACGUGGAUGAUGAAGAUGUAGAAUUUGAUGAAGAAGAAGAAAUCGAACAAGAUAACCAAUACCAAGAUAAGGAAACUGUUCAAGUGGCACAACCUUAUUAAUUAGGUACUUUAAAUAUAUACAGGGUGUUGAUGACAACGUAACGAAAACUUUGAGGGAUGAUUCAGACCAUGAUUCUGAGUUGAUAUCAAGUGGAAUUUUCCGUUGCUAAAGUAUGGAACUGAGUAUAAUUUAAAAAAAAAACAUGAAUUUUGCGACGGAAAAUUCCACUUGUUAUUAACUCAGAAUCAUGGUCUGAAUCACCCCCCUCAGUAUUAGUUACGAUGUCACUAACACCCUGUAGGUGUCGUGGCCAGAUCUUAGAAUUGAUCAUUUCAUGAAAUGGCCAACUUAAGUUGACCAUAUCGUUGAAACGUCAACGUUUAAUGAUAUAUCAAUCAACGUUUUGCCAUUAUAAUUAAUGUAGGCGAUGUCCAUGCAAUGUGGUGUAAUAAAAACGCGAAUAGUCGAUUAAUUUCUUAAGUUCAAAAUUAUUUACUUAUUUUAAUAUCAAUCAAGGUUGAAAUAUAAUCGACACCAGCGCCGCUAUCGGUGGAUAAUGUUACUAAUUUUACGGUACGAUUGUCAACGUUUGGCCAUAUCAUGAAGUAAUCAUGCAUUUAGUUGCUCGUAUCGUUAAACGUUUUGUGUUCAUUGAUCUGGCCAAACUACAUCAUGAUGUGGCAUUUUUUUUUGAUGAAAUAUGACCAUUUCAUGCCAUGAUCGAGCACAUCACUGUUAAUUGCUUAGCGCUCAGAAUUAAGAUUAUAACAACAUCAUUGAAUACACAUUAAGCUGUUGGAUACCUGAAUAAUAAAUAAACCAUGAAAUGAUCAAUUCUAAGAUCUGGCCACGACAAUUGGGAUGACGUCAGCUGGGCUAACCUUGAAAUGUUAGCUGUCACUUUUGAGCAUACCAGCGGGCUUAGCACCGUAAGCGCGCGACUCUUUCUCGCCGCGACAGUGAUCAUCUGUCUCUUUCUGUGCAGUACUGUGAGAGAGUGACGGGUGACGUAUUUCGAGGCGAGAAAGAGCGCUUACGGUGCUAAGCCCGAUGGUUUUCUCUAUAAAGGCAGACUAAAACUAAUCCGUCACACAAAUAGAACAUGAACCAAUUGUUCAUGUACAGUCAUGAGCAAUAUCAUGUAUCCACUUUAGAACCCUGUCGCACUAUCAUAUUUGACAUUUAAUGAGGCUUACGGUUUCAUUUGUCAAAGAAGUUAAUGUGACAUGGUUUCAAAGUGUAUACAUAUUAGUGCUCGUGACCGUAAAGCGUGCGCUUGGUAACUCCCGUCUGAGUGUCGAUAUUAAGAUUGCGGAAUGAUUUUGUCGAUUCACCACUAGAGUGCGCUAUUUAUUGCGCGUAAUCAUGUUAUUUAUUAUAUUAUAAUAAAAUCCAAUCAACAAAUCUUACCAGCCAAUUAAACCCUUGUCAAUAAACGAUCCGAAAAAUAAUAACAAAACACCACCAUCGGUCGCCGUCUAGUGAACGAUAAAAUACCUUAUUAAGCAAAAAAAAACGAUUAUUUUUAUUUAUAAAAACUUGCAUUUGUAUGUUAUU